UUUGAUUCAGAAAUAUGAGGAUAUGAUCGACAAAAGGCCGCCAUUUUCUAAUUUCAAUGCCGCGAGUAUUAGCGACGGUCCGCUUAGGCUCUUAACACAGGGACAAGAAAUAACGCACGACUUCGAUGAGAAACAAUUGGCUGAAGUAGGUUUCAAAGACAUGCAGAUAGUGUUCGUGUCGGUGGGAAUGGCCCGCAGUUUUCGCAAAUUCCGCGACCACUCGGAACCGGCCUCUACUCUGCCGCCGCCCCCUAAAGACCGCAUACCAUCCAUUCUAUUACUUCAGCCCCAGAACUUUGAGAAGUUGUUUACUCUGAUGCAACAGUUGGGCGCUCACAAGACCGCCAUUCAUAUCAAAGCACAGGUGUUGUCGCGUCGGGUCUGGGAAAUCAUUCAAAUGCUUCCCACGUCUCCCAACCUCUUG